GCAUUCGAAGCAUAUCGUUUCACGCUGGCGGUCGUGCGUGCACGUAGCGUGCUUAAGUUCGUGAUUGUUGCGUGUGCGGGUAAAAAUUAGUGGAUUUCGACUCCAAAUCGUUUACUGGAUUAUUCCUCGCCGCGAGACGCUGGCCGGAAAGUCGGAUCAACGUGUACAACGCGAGUGCCGUGUGAUAUAUUUUGAAAUCGCGAAUUAGCUCCGUCGACGAUUAACGAAAAUCCGAGUCUGCCUGGAAGGAAAGUGUGAAAUUAGCCGAAGACGGCGAACUUCGCGCCAAUUAACGCGUGUGCUUGAAACUUUCGAAUUUUCGCGAGUGCGUAGUGCGAGAUUAUUCGGGAAAUAGUGAUAUGCGUAGUGCGAGAUUGUUCGGUACUCUGUGCAAUUAACGAAGAUAAUCUUCUCGUGGAGAUAGAAGAGGAGGAGGACUACACCGAUAACCGGAGCUGACAAGGCUAAAACGCGAUCCAACGGAAUGCUUGCGGCAGUUCACAUAUGUUUUUAAACGCGCUACUGCAUAUAUAACGCUCAUAUAUGUAGUAUUUUGAAUCGACGCAUGUGCGCGCCUACGUCAGAGGAAGAGUGGACACUCGUCACACGUCGUCAACAUGGCGGAUAGCGAUUUGCUCGUUACGAUCUCGGGCGCGGCGCUUUCGCUGCUAUUCUUCGAGAAUGUCCGUAGCAAAGGCGAUCAGAUGGGCUUCCUUCUCGGAGAAGCUCUCGAAUUUAUCGUCAAGACCUACACCGACUCCGACAAUCAAGUGGAAACCGUUAAGAUUCAUAUUAAUGUGGAAGCCAUUGUAACAUGUCCUUUGCCUGAUCUUUUGCACAAUAAUCGUAUCAACAAGGAGAAAUUGAAAGAUUUUGUGUGUGAUAAAAGCAAACAAGUGAUUGGUUGGUUUCGCUUUCGUAGAAACAUUACCAAUCUGACUCUUACAAUGAACGACAAAAUGCUGCAUAAACAAUUUGCCUCACAUUUCUCUGGUGUAAAUGGCUGUAAAGAGGAUUUCUUUCUUACCUGUCUUCUCAAUGCCUCUACUUCUGAGACAUCUGGCACUUACAAAUUUCGACAUGUGUUCCUCAGACGUAAUCAACGUGGAAUAUAUGAACCUAUAUCUUUGAGAAUAAACAAUCUGGGAGACGAUGCAUCCAGACACGAUGGUUCGGACUAUAAACCGACACCUGUUAGAAAAUCUACACGCAGACCUGAUGGCUUUACCAAACUAAUAGAAUCAUUGAAUUUGGACGUAGCAAAGCUAGGUGGAUUAGAAUCCGCUAUGCGAAUUCAGAAGGCUGCUGAAAAACAUUUGACAUCACUGAUCCCAAAGGUGUGCGAAUCUGAUCUGGAGGUAGCCGAAUUGGAGAGGCAAGUGUGCGAAUUGAGAACCAAAAUCGCAGUAAAAUUAGCAAGUUCGAAAGUCAACGGCGAAAACUGCGAUAGGAUUUCCAAGGCAAGCAAAGAAAAUUGUUUUCUGGAGAAACUCGAUUCUUCGAUAAAAAAUGAGAUGAAAAUCGGCGAUGACGCACGUCUUCACAGGGAGCACACCCCACCUUGUGGUCAAUCAGUUACUCCUAAUCGAACUCCUUGUCGUAAUACCGCUGCCUGUAUCGCUAAAAGCGCAGAAAAAUCUCGUCGAUUGGGACGUAACAAUUCACAAGAAAGUGAUAAUCAACAGCAGGAAACGCAAAACUCCUUUACCAAUAGUAGACGGUUUACGGAAAUUGACACUGAACCGAUUUGCCAAGAAGGCAGUGACAUAAGCAUAGGUAGGGGCAGAAGUAGCGGUCGGAGCAGUCAUGAAAUCACGCCAGGCAUGAAAAAAGUACGUCGUACUCCAGGCACAUCCUACAUGCAUUCCUCUCGCGAAAGAAGCACUACACCACCAGAACAAGAUUUCUCUGAUGCAGAAUGUCCUGCUUCCAUACCUCUUAACUCUCCUAUUCUCAGGCUAUAGCCAGAUCACAAAAAAACUAAUCUGGAGAAGUGCAGUACAAUAGCGCCAUUGGACAUUUGAGUGGAGAAUAUAAGCCUUGGAGAAAAAUACUUCAGUUUUUAAUCUAAUUUUUGAUUUAAAAAUUUGAUUUGGAGGAAUUUAAAAAAAUAAAAAAGAAUUUUAAAGUCAUAGAAAGCACAAGAUCGAAAGAAAUUGAAAAGAAUUUGAGAAAAUCCAUAAAGGAAAAAAUAGAGAUUUCAUAGUUUAAAAAAAUUAAGACAUCUAUGGACGAAACUGCGCCUGGUCUUUGAGAAGGAAAUAUGUUUAUUGCGGAAGAUUAAAAACAAUUUUUGUAUUAAUUAUUCUAUUUAUAGGUGCCUUAAAUUCUGCAAAAAAUUCGAAAAGAACUUUACAAGAGAUUAAUUAUACGUUUUGUUUCUUAUUUCAUGUUUGUCACUUAAUUCAUAUUAUGUAUUGUGCCAUUGAGUUUCUAUAUGACGUAAAUAUAUUUUGCUAUAAAAAUGA